GUUGGACUCCAGGAAGUAGACCUGUCAUUCCGAUUUCUUGCCGUGUCCUUGUUAGCUAGCUAGAAAGCUAACCAAUGUGUACCAUUUGGAAAGAUGAUUUAAAUUGUGCCUAAGCGCGAAUUUAUAAAACAUUUGCAUUCACCCCUUGUUGGUAAUAGCAAUAACUAGCUAUGUUACGAGUUGGAAGAGCAGUGGCCUGGUAAGUGGGGUAAUAAUAUUUUCAAAAGCUCAACCUUUAGCGCCAGCUGACUAGUUUAGCUAGCUAGCUAACUGUGCUAUAUCGAGCUAGUUAGCAAUGUUGACCACAAUACUAGCUAGACAAGUUAAACAAUUAUACAUAAAUACAAGUUUUCAAACAGCAAUAGUUAAUGACAGUGAUGUACAACUCCUAAUUAAAUGACUGGCUAGCUUAGAUAGUUGGCUAGAGCCGGUAGCGGCUGAUUACGAAAAGGUUGUUAUUCCUCUGUUGAUGGUCAAGAAGCUGGUUAGCCAGCCAUUAGGUAGUUACGUUAGUUGUAAAACAAAUGGCAAUCACUGACAAGCGGCCCGCUCCUCCAUAGUUUUCCAGCUAGCUACCAGUAGCUAACGUUGGAUGGGGUGUGUGCUAGCCAUCUGCAAAACAAAAGGCUGACAUGCUGGUAGCCAGUUAACGUUAGCCAGUUAACGAAGUCAAUUACCUAGCUACUGUAGUGUAUUUAGCCAGGCAGGUGUUAAGCUAGCUAUCAUAAUUUCCCCCCUUCGCUUUCGUUCAAUCAACACUGUCAUGCCAUUGUUCAUCAUCAUGUUGUAAUGUACAGUAUAAUCAAUCUUUCAACUAAUCACACCAAACUGAUCUGCAGAAGGUACAGUGUUGAACUUACUUGUGGGUCUUAAUUCCUGAGCCGUUUUCUCUGUCCUGUCAGCAUGGCCUGCAAGAACCUGGUCUCCACCAACAUGGGGGUGAGGUUCAGGAUGCCCUUGCAGAAGCUGCACCCGCUGUCCCGUGCCAUCCACCACCGGUACAACGCCAGUGCCAACCCCCAGCGGCCCCCGCACCGUUCGGCAGCCCGCCACUUCACCUCCAUGUCCCGGCUGCCCAUGCGGCCUCCCAAGCCUCCCCCGGGUGGCCAUGGUGGCUGGCGCCACCAGCAGCACCGCAACUUCUGGAUGCUGCGCCUGGCCUCUAGGCUGCUCAAGCUCCGGUACAUUGUGCUGGGCUCAGCAGUGGGAGGCGGGUACACCGCUAAAAAGGUACCGCACAUUUGAGGUGGAGGAGAGAGGGUUGAACGUUAAGAGCCAGUUUCCCAGACACAGAUUUUCCAUUGAAAGUGCUUUGUAGUCCAGGACUAGGCUUAAUCUGUGGCUGGAUUACACCUGCUUGACGCCUGCUUGACUGCCUGCGGGAAAUGAGAGCAGCUUGUUCUAAGCCAAUCGUUGCAGCAGGCUCAACCGAUAACCUGCCCGUUUCUUUACAGACAGAACUAGCAAAUAGCGCUUCACACUGUUUCAGUGAAAGAGAGAUGGGUGCUGGCAGCUGAAAAUAAAUGUAUUCCGAUCACAGUUAAUUACAAAAAACUGUGUAACCGAUGGUUAUGGAUGAAGACUGUCAUGAAAAUAAAAGAAUCGUUAAAAAUUAUUUAUUUUUUGUGGAACGAACAGAUGCUUGAAGAUGGGACGGCUGGGUAUUCGUGCGGUUGAGUCCGUUUCUGCCGUAACAUGGACUCUUAACAACGUGAUGAAACUUCCUGCUUUGCUCCUAUGCGUAAACUCGCAAUGGCCGCCAGUCCACCCAUUAUGUCAUAAUUGGCUUGAAUGGGGAUGCCCGUUGUAUUCAUUGUAUUUCAAUGGCAGGACAUGCAUUGUUUUGCUAUUCUAAUAGUUACGGUGACCGCGGUCAUUUGGUUGGCCAAUUACCGUCAUCCACAAUUCCAUGACCGUCACAGCCAUAGUUAAAUUAUAGUCGUGGUAUAAGCUGGAUAAUCAACUCUGGGCUCUAUGCAUUCUCUGGAAAAUAAUGCAAUUCCGUGGAUGGUUAGUGCCACUCUGCAAGAGUGCAUAGCCCCUUGUUGAUUAUCCCUUACUUAUUGUCUCCUAGCCCAUCCCUUGAAGUAUUGUUCUUGUUAGUCUUUAACUGAGGUAUUUUUCUGGCCCAUUAUCACAUCUAGAAUUGUAAGUUAACCAUAUGAUUGCAUGCCACUUAUGUUCUGUUCUUCCAGACCUAUGAGGAGUGGAAGGAUAUGCUGCCUGAUAUGAGUGCAUACAAUUGGGUAAUACCUGAUUUUGUCUGGGAGCUGAGUGAUCAAAUUGACCUAGGUAGGUGUGUCCCCUUUUUGCUAUGAAAUGCCUCAUUAGAAGUCUGUGAACUUGAAACUCUGAUCAAGAUUUACCGCUGUUAAAUACCUUGUCAUGUUUGUUUAUUCCCUGUCAAUCAAUGCAGUGUGUGGUUAAUCAGAUGUGAAUUGUAUAUAUAAUUUUUUUAUCAGACUGAGCCAUUGCUAUCUUUCUCUUAAAGCUGGAAUCCUUAAUGGUGAAACUGCCACGUCCGUUUUGCGAUAAUCCAACAACUAAGUUGCUGCAAUAAUGAACAUUGUCCCCCCAACCCCCCCCCCCCCCCCCCCCCCCCCCCCCCCCCCCCCCCCCCCCCCCACACAUCAUUGCAUGAGCGAUAGAACAGCAGCAUAUGUACUGGAAUUUCAAUGCACAACGCUCCCCAGCUCUGCUUUGUCAACAAAACAAUAUCAAUGGCCGUGGGGCAGACAGUGGCAAUGUUUCCCCUACUGCGGAUUCCAUCUUUCAGGCUGCUUAGUUAGUUUGGUUAAUUUGAGUCUCGUGCAAGGAGCGCAACAUUUGUUCAAAUGGUAAACUCCACUAACCGUAUCUCACUUUUCUACACAGAUAAACUAACCAAAAUUCUGCCUGAGUUAGAGGAGAUUGCCAAGCUGCUACCCGAAUUACCUGACUUUGAUAAGAUAGGAGAGAACUUCAACUUCCUCAAGAGCAUCCUCUCCACCGGUGAGUACACAAUCUUGUCAGAUAAAAAUAGAUGGGCAUACUGAAGCAUAACAUGGCAAUGUCGGACAAAGCAGUUAAUCAACUCUUUUUGGCCAGGAUAAUUUAUUUUUUAUACAUCUUAGGUGAAGUGGCAAAAGUGCUAAACGUUUUGAGCUUUAUGAAUCCACAAUAGCUAUAGCACCUGCUCCAAGUGGUAGAAAAUUACAGUUCACGUCAUUGGUAAUCUGAACUUGAAGUGGGCUUCUUUUGUCAAUCCUUAUCUAAUCACACCUGCAUUACCUACUGUAGCAAUCUAAUCACACCUGCAUCACCUACUGUAGUAAUCUACUUUCCAGCAAGAAAAGGGUUACAUUUUUUAUUUUAGCUAACAACCACUUUUCACUUUCCAGCCUCCUACAUGGGCUUUUGCAUCAUUGAUGUUCUUGUAAAUUGUAUCUAAAACCACAAUUGGGCUGCUUUGUGUUGAAAUAGUGCGGCUUCCAAUGUUUUGGCUGAGUUGUGUGAGCUAGAGUUCCAUUGGCGCUAGUGUCCUCAAUAUGCUGCAUGCAGGAAGUCCAGAGGAAGUGAGGAGAGAGGUGACCUAGGGUGUAUUCACUAGGAAGCAAAUGGGCUGAAAUGGGGAGGGACCUACCUGAAUUUGUCCAAUAAGAAACUAUUGUCUUCGUUGCUAAAUGUUUUCCCUUGAAAAACAUUUUGCUACUGUGUGCACUAAUGAAUACACCUCAAGAGAUCUAUGGCGCAAUUUCCACCCACCUUUAUGAUUGACAUUUUUCAAAGGAUACUAUAAUUAUGUACUGACAGUGGACGUUUUAUAGGCAAAGUCAGAGAAUUAGGAAUUAGAAUACUAGAAUGGACAUUAACCUUCUUAUGAUGGGAUCAAGCUCAGCCAUUUUGGUAAGGGAGUUGGUCAUCCAUGGUUUGCCAGUGCUGUGAUAAGAUAUUGUGUAAAAUAAUGCAUUUUCUAUUUAUCUGCACUGUAUGUUUGUUAGCUAGCUAGCCAGGCAGUUUUAGAGGAAUGAUUCCAGAAAUGUUUCAAAUGAACUGCCAAUAUGCCAACAUUCCAUUCAAACAAUGCAGUCAGUCCACAGCCAUACACUGGCUGGAAUCAGUUGAUGAUAGGACUUAGAUAAGUUGUAAAUGCAACAUAUAAUAUGGAGACAUUUAUGGUCUGUUUACAUAUAUUUUAGAGGCUAUUUAUGCAACAAAUUUGUAUAAAACCCAUAUAGAUUGUAUUUAUAAUUAAUUAUAUGACAAUAUUUUAGGUCGACAAUAAUUGUAUUACGCAAUUUUUGAUAUCACAUGCCUUUUAUUGUCCUGCAAAAGUAAAAGCAGGAUUUGGCCUCUCCUGCCAUUCAUUCCAAUUAUUAGACUAGUUUGAAUUUCUCCCUGACCAAUAUGGCUGCCAUUUUCACCCCAUUCUGGAACUUUUAGGGUUUAUGACAUUGCCCCUCUAGUAAUUUAAUAGGAUCGCUAUGGGCUAAGUAUAAUUUCCAAAGUAACUAGGUCUAAUUUGGGUCAAUAUUAGUAAUUUGACAAUGUUACUUUUGUAUGCAUGUGAUGAGCAUAAGUGAACGGUCCCAAUCCAUUGAUUUCCCACAGUCAAAUUAGGCCAAUCGAUUAAUUAUCCUGCAUUAUGAGUAGUGUCACAAUUACGUGCCCAGAUUGCACAAGUAGUCAAUGAUAAACCCUCUGGACUUGCAGGAUGCAGCCACAACAACAAGCUCACAGUCUGUCAGCAGGGCCUUGACACAUGUCUAGCAGUGACCCUGCUCUGACCCCUUUUGCUUCAUUCUUUUGAUUUUUGUAUUUUUCCUUUCUCCUCCCCCCCCCUCCCCCUCCGCAAUCUUCACAGGUGUGAGUGUGGGUAGUGAAGGAACUUCUGGUCUGCAUCUGUUGUUAGGUGUGUACACCCCACACUCAGCCCCCCCCACUCUCCGCCCUGGCGCAGUUUGAAUACCCAACAUUGGUGUGUGUGCAGCAGCACCCAUGCAGACGUGGUUAACAGUGGUUUGGAGCCAAAGACGAUGUCAAGUGUUCCUGGAUUGGCACCUCCUAACUCAACACGAUUGGCUUCCAGACUACCAACUGAUUGUCAUUGUCCAAUAGAGCCUCACAGUGGAGGUGUCAUUAUACCCAUAAAACCUAGCGGUCAAACAGGGAAAUGGUUCCAAUUGUUUUUACACCAUUCAUUUUUCCCAUAGGGGAUUUAAAAACACUUAAAAAUAAGGGCUGUGUUUCAUGUAGGCUUACCCUGGCGUGAUGUUUUGAUAACCAUGUAAAUCUCUCUCGGACAAGGUGACUUUUAUUAAUAUAUUUGAAAAUGCUAAUUAGCAUAAAAGUAGACGACAUGCAAGGCUACAAAUCCCUGCUAGCUCCUGCACAUCAUCUCUAGCUGAAACCUUUGCUAAACAGGUAUUGUGUCAAUUUAAAACCUCCACAGAAUUGUCAAUAAAACAUUUUUUUAUCCAAUUUAUUCAUUACUACAUUUAGCUAACAUUUGAUAGUUAAUCCAGAGAUUCUUACCUUUGCCUCGAUUCGGCAAUCUCGUCCAGAUCACCAUGGUAUUUGUAGGUCUUUAUGAUAGCCACAUUAGAAGCUAAUAAGCGUUUCUUUUUUUGCGGGUAAAUACAAGUGAAUAUAUUGAUAAAAGUCACCUUGUCCUAGAGAGAUUUACACGGUUAUCAAAACGUCACACCAGGGUAAGCCUACAAGAAACAACCCUUAUUUUAAGUGUUUCUAAAAUCCCCAAUGGGAAAAAUUAAAGGUGGAAAAACAUUUGGAACCAUUUCCCUGUUUGACUGCUAGGUUUUAUGGGUAUUAUGACUCAUACUGUGCUACACUAUGCUGCUGUUUGAGACACCAAUGACAAAUUAAUAAUGGAAGGAUUUGUCUUUUGGGUGGCAAUAGUACCAGAGUGUGCUUUGAUUGACACAAAGGCUUUAAUUGAUGCAGAGGAUUUAUCCUUGUCAUACUGAUAUCAAAAGGGUGCAGAGAUGGGCAUUUUGUUUACUGUCUCAUUAUGUAAUUGAAUUCCUCUAAAAACAAAAUUGACCACUGAAUUGGACAUACUUCGAUUGGAUUGAAUUUAAUUGGAUGUGAUAAUGACAAUCUUUAUCCUUCUGGUCUACAGUGCUCUUAACAACAGAUACAGUGUGUUUUUUUGCAUUAUCUACUCUUCUCCCAUGUCGUGUAGUUUAAUCUGACUGUGCCUUUUGUCUGUCCUGCUUGUGUGUUUCUGUAUUUUUUUAACUUUCAAGUUCCUCCUCCUCUCUCCCUGGCUUCCCUGGGCUCUCCCCACCUGUACUUACAUAAUGGGAUCCCUAAUCCUUGGCUUAGAGGGCUCUCCUUGUCUACUGGUAGCUGAUGCUUCUCAAAUGUUUGGAAAAAACAUUGUCUUUGGAUUGUGGAAACACCUCGAACCCCAUCCAUCCCUCUUCUUUGACUUGCUAAAACAAUAGGUUUAUUCCUAGCGAUGUCCCAAGUGGUACCCUAUUUCCUAUGUAGUGCACUACUUUUGACAUGGGCCCAUAGGGCUCUGGUCAAAAGUAGGGCACUAUAUAGGGAAUAGGGUUCCAUUUGGGACGGCUUGUUAUUGACAGGUCUUUCAUUGGCUGGAUGAGAGAUUGUUGUUCCAUCACGCUCUCAAGGGCAGUAUUUAAGCAAUAAGGCCCGAGGGGUUGUGGUUUAUGGCCAAUACACCACGGCUAAGUGCUGUUCUAAAGCACGACACAACGUGGAGUGCCUGGAUACAGCCCUUAGCCGUGGUAUAUUUGCAAUGUACCACAAACACCCAAGGUGCCUUAUUGCUAUUAUAAACUGGUUACCAAAGUAAUUAGAGCAGUACAAUAAAUGUUUUGUCAUACCCAUGGUAUACGGUCUGAUAUACCACGGCUUUCAGCCAAUCAGCAUUCAGGGAUCAAACCACCCAGUUUAUAAAUAAAUAUAUUCACUGAUUUUUUGCUAUGGCUCCAGCUGGCUCUGUGUAGCACAUACCAAUACUUAACUAACGCCAUGCUGGCCUAUAAAGCCUGCUACUGUACAUAGGCCAAUGAAGGACAGUGUUGUAGAGUAGAGCAACAAGCCUUUCAUUACUGCUGUAUAAGCUUUGCCAAUUUGACGGCAAUUAAUUCAUGAAUUCAUUACGUCAUUAUUUCAUCGUACCAUAUCAGAUAUAACUGAUCGGAGAUCCACUGAGAAGCACAAAUUCUACUGCGAGCAAUAUUCUCCAAACAUUUGAGAUUCUGUCACGUGGGACCGGGUGCUGCUUCUGAUCUGGGGCAUAGAUUGAUGAAGGCCUCUCUAAUGUUGGGCAUGCCAAUACUUUUGACUCAUUAUUGCUUAUUGCUAAUAAACUAUUAAAGAUAAUGUAUUAUCAUGUAUGGGUAACCUUAUGUUUGUCAAGUGUUAUAAUUGACUGUUUUUGUUGUUGUGUCUCCUAGCAGAAGCCCCUGGGGAUACUCCAGUGAAAGCAGCCACAGAGGUCCCGGUCACCGCCACACCAGAGGCCAGCGAAAAACAGUUCAAGAAGGCAAGUCUGCUCUGCACCGCCUUACUAGCUCAGCCUCCCUCCCUGUGACAUAGCUGGGUCUCAUUGUAGAAAGAAACUGCAGCUUGUUGGAGUUCGCAGUUUGGGUCAAUUCCAUUUCAGCUCCAGGCUAUUUGGGAAAUUAAGUGAGAUUCAGUUCUUGAGUUGAAAACUACUAGAGGUAAAGGGCAGUAUUCAGGUUAUUAACUGAAUUUCAGUUAAUGUUUACUGGGCUGAGAAUGGACUUGACCCCUAUUAUAGCUGCCUGUUUAUGGAUAAGUGGUUUUUCAUAAAUGUUGUUGACCAUGAAAAUAGCAGAGAUUUGUACUCUUUACGACAGGUUCGUAUACCAGCUAUUAUUUUGUCUCAUGUACAAUAAUAUAUUUUUCUUGCUAGGGAAUGCAGGUAUGUUUUUUGUUACCAUUUGUGACAUGGAGGUGAUCGUUCAGUCCUCAAUCUUACAGAGUAAUUACAUCAUCAUGGCUAGAAAACCAUAUAGGCUAUACUUACUUAUGCUGAUAUUUGCCCUUGCUUUUCCCCCCCUCAUGCUCCUCAAUGUGUGUUGUUUUUCCGGAAGUCUCAUGCUGCAUUCAGGAGAUAAUACUCUUUAGCUUCUGAACAGCGCUUUUGUAUCUACCUCUGUUCCAUUCCCAUUGUCUUCUCAUACUGUCCAUUUUGUAUUGUUCCUCUGCUCUCAAGGGCUCUUCCACUGUUGUCCUCACGUUCAAUGGAAUAGUCCUGCUACACUGUUCAACCCUAGUGACUUUCAUAUGUUAAAAAUAGGGAACUAUUGUAGAACAAUAGCCUAAAUAUUAGACAAUCUAUGGCAUCCAUAUCCUCUACCUGGCUUUUAGUCUAAAGCAGUGGUCCCCAAUGUGAUUUAAAAAAUAUAUACAUUAUCAUAGACCAACUUGGGGACCAUUGGGCUGAGGCUUAGCUCAUCUUCCACAGGCCUGCAGCAAGCUUUCUGCUCCAUCCUUGACAGAUCGCUCCAUCCUUGACAGAUCACUCAUUCCAAGCUAGGGUUGCAAAAUUUCCCAGGUUUUCCAGAAAUCCUGGUGAGAGGAUUCACAGAUUUCCUGCUUAUUCCCUCCUGAUUCCAUCAAUCUUCCAAAUGGGAUUUCUGGAAAACCUGAGAAUUUUGCAAACCUACUCCCAGUGCAGCUUGCUUCGCUAAUCAUCAGGUUGAUUUUGAGCAAAUAAUAUCAUUUUAUGAUUCGGACCAAAAUCCCCUCUUUUUUUGUGUUGAAUAUCAGGAACACUUUAAAUAGUUUAUCCACUUUCAAUAAUGUAUCCAGUAAAUCUACACAUUGACAUUUUUUCUUCUUCAAGACCUCAAUCCAUCAUAAUCUUGAGUGUUCAUGUGUCAUAUUUACAUUGCCUCGUAGAGCAUGAUCAUUCUUUAAGUUGCAGGGUAUCAGUUGUGUUUUAGUAUGACUAUAAAAGGCAUAGUGAUGGAAGACUGCUAAGAAACCAUUACUGUACAGAAUCCUUUCCCAUGUGCCACUGGCUGAGAGACACUGGUUGUGGUAUCAGUUGCCUCGUCCGCUUUCAGAUCUCCGGACUGGCAAAGUCUGUUCUGGAGUCUCAGUUUGUGACAGAGAAAGACUGACUUUGUUGAGUACCAAUGAUGGUGGCAAGAUCUAGGAGCUAGACGUUGAUUCAGUUUACCCACAAGCUUUGACAGAAUGGUGACCGUCGAGAUGAUGAUGAUGAUGAUGAUGAUGAUGAUGAUGAUGGGCAUAGGCUGGGCAUAGAUCAACAUGGGGUCAGCCCUGGCCCCAGCUCCAGUUGGUUGGUCAGUGGGUUGCUGGACUGACAGGUACAGUAGGUUGUGUUGACGGCUGUGUUGCUCCUGCCUCUCUCACUGUGACGUCCCUCAGGGUCUGCUCGGCGAGCUCAUUCUCAUUCAGCAGCAGAUCCAGCAGGCCGAGGAGGAGGUCCGGCGGGCUGCCGCAGCCAAAAACGCACGGCCAAGCCCAGAGCCUGCCCCCAGCCCACCCCCACGCCCGCCUCUACCGCCGCCUCCGAGCCCGCCCCCGCGCCAGAUACCCGAGCCAAUGCCAACCACCGCCCCGAACCCCAGCCCCAGCCCCCCUCAGCAGAAACGCAAGGUGAAGGUCCUACCCCCCACCUCCCGCCACCACCAAGCCCUCAUCUGUAGAAGCCCCCUUCAGAACGUAAACAGUAGAACUUCCCCCAAACCCACCCACCCUCCUCAGGAAGGACAAACCCCUUUGCCGUUUAAAUUCACACUAACAGAGAUUUGCUGAGUAAUUUUAUAAGGAAUACUGCUUAAAUUUUUUUAUUUCACCUUUAUUUAACCAGGUAAGCCAGUUGAGAACAAGUUCUCAUUUACAACUGCGACCUGGCCAAGAUAAAGCAAAGCAGUGCGAUAACAACAACAACACAGAGUUACAUAUGGGGUAAAACAAAGUAAAAAAAAAUACAACAUAAAUAUAUAUAUAUACAGUGUGUGCAAAUGUAGCAAGUUAUGGAGGUAAGGCAAUAGAUAGGCCAUAGUGCAAAAUAAUUACAAUUAGUAUUAACACUGGAAUGAUUGAUGUGCAAAUAGAGAUACUGGGGUGCAAAUGAGCAAAAUAAAUAACAAUAUGGGGAUGAGGUAGUUGGGUGGGCUAAUUUCAGAUGGGCUGUGUACAGGUGCAGUGAUCGGUAAGGUGCUCUGACAACUGAUGCUUAAAGUUAGUGAGGGAGAUAAGUGUCUCCAGCUUCAGAGAUUUUUGCAGUUCGUUCCAGUCAUUGGCAGCAGAGAACUGGAAGGAAUGGUGGCCAAAGGAGGUGUUGGCUUUGGGGAUGACCAGUGAGAUAUACCUGCUGGAACGCAUACUAUGGGUGGGUGUUGCUAUGGUGACCAAUGAGCUAAGAUAAGGCGGGGAUUUGCGUAGCAGUGAUUUAUAGAUGGCCUGGAGCCAGUGGGUUUGGCGACGAAUAUGUAGUGAGGACCAGCCAACAAGAGCGUACAGGUCACAGUGGUGGGUAGUAUAUGGGGCUUUGGUGACAAAACGGAUGGCACUGUGAUAGACUACAUCCAAUUUGCUGAGUAGAGUGUUGGAGGCUAUUUUGUAAAUGACAUCGCCGAAGUCAAGGAUCGGUAGGAUAGUCAGUUUUACGAGAGCAUGUUUGGCAGCAUGAGUGAAGGAGGCUUUGUUGCGAAAUAGGAAGCCGAUUCUAGAUUUAACUUUGGAUUGGAGAUGCUUAAUGUGAGUCUGGAAGGAGAGUUUACAGUCUAACCAGACACCUAGGUAUUUGUAGUUGUCCACAUACUCUAGGUCAGACCUGUCGAGAGUAGUGAUUCUAGUCGGGUGGGCGGGUGCCAGCAGCGUUCGAUUGAAGAGCAUGCAUUUAGUUUGGUGGAUUGGUGGAUGAUAUUCCUAUGGUCCUAUGCUGUUUGGAUUUGUCUCAUUGAGCAAGCCUAGAGCUCCUUCCUAGCUCACUAUCCUAUGUAAAGUGGACAAGGCACUGUAGUGUACUUUAUUGACUCUAGUCAUUGUUGAUUUAUACCGCAGUCUUUUUAUAGGCUGUAUGCUACAAGCAACAAAUUGUAUUGUGCAGUGUUACUUUCCGAUCUCUGAAUAUAAUGCAAUGAUAAUUGGCAAAUAUUUCAUUAACAACAUUUUUAUCACUUUGCACAUUUCUGGUCAGUUUAAUUCAUUCUGGUCUAGCUGCUUUUGUCUUACUAAGUUUGCAUAUGCUAGUUAGCCUACAUAUGCUGCAUUACAGUUGCACACAUUGCUUUAUUCAACCCACCCAAACAUAGUACCCUGUCAUCCCCCUCAAACUUCCCAUUAGUGUGAACGAGACAUUGGAAAACAUCAUCCAUCCACAUGGUGUCCCUCAGGGCAGUGUGUUGUGCCACUGGUGGAAUGGCAUGUCUGAUGCCUGGAAAUCUCAGAAUCACCUGUCGCCAGUUUAGUACCGCAGUAACAUAGCCUAGGCUCCCUCUCUCAUGCGAACUGCUGGACUACGGCCAACGCUCCUCCCGUAACACUCCACUAACGUACAGACAACCUACACUGCAUGGAGUGGAGGGACACCCCGCUGCAUGGUGUUCUGUGCACUUCAAGAAUGAACCUAAAUGUCAGUUAUACAGUGAAAUCUAUCUAAUUGGGUAUAGGCCUAUGUCAGGACUAUAUCAGGAUAUAGGAAUCAAUACUAGAUCUUUCUUCUUAGUCCACUAAUCAGAUUAACUGCUGUAGGCUAUUAUCACGACAUUGCAAUUUGCACGUAGUUAGCACAAUCAUCUUUGCUACAACCCCUGUCAGUGUGUGUACUGUACAUGUUUGUGUGUUAGUGUGUGUGUGUGUGUGUUUAAUCUGUUGUCCCUUGUUGCUGUCCCUAUCCAUCCGCUCACUGGUGCUCUGUCUCCCUCUCUCUGUGCUUUGUGAUCUCCCCCUGUAAAAAAUGCAUUGCAGGAGUGGAACUGUUAAUCAUGCUGUAAUGAUCUCUUGAUUGAUGAUUGCUGUAAUUCAAAUCUUUUCCAGGGCCUGAUUUGACUUGUGCCUGUGAUUUUGCACUGUGAUUUACUGUAUUACAUAUUAAGACCAAACAAAUGACUACAACCUGGAAUUGAAUCAGUUUUCCCCCUUUUUUCUAUAAACUUGACUUUCGUUCACUGUGGUGCCCACUGGUCUGUGUAAUGUAACGUGCACGUUAGAUGUAUGUGAUGUGGGUUUAGAGUGGCUCACAGAGGGUGAUGGGUUAAAAAUGUCCCAGAUGUGAGAGAGAGAGGGUUAAUAAACCUGCUCUGUGACUGCUCUCUGUCUCCAGUCUUCAGACAAGGAGAAGGUGGACCAGCUUCAAGAGGAACUGCUCCGAACUCAGGUAGAGCACAAUAUGGUCCAUAUCCUUCCUUGUUCAAUAGACCCCAAGUUUUAUACCACAUAGUAAAAAUCCUGUUUACUGGUUGCAAAAUAGCUGGGAAGAUAUUUUCGAUAACGAUUCCAUGGCACAUUGUGUAUGAACUGAUACACAAAACAACCCUUGAUUCAACACUUUUUCAGUUUAAAUUAUUAUACAAAAUUCUUGCCAUCAACAGAAUGUUAUAUACACUCACCGGCCAGUUUAUUAGGUACACCACCCCGUUCACAAAAAUGGAGUCACAUGGCCAUGGCUUGCCAUACAAAGCUGCCAGAUAGGCAUCGAGGCGUUCAGUUACUGUUCGAUUGAACGUUAGAAUGGGCAAAACAAGUGACCUAAGCAACUUUUAGUGUUGUAUGAUUGUCGGUGCCAGGCGCGCCGGAUUCAGUAUUUCAGAAACCGACGCCCUCGUGGGCUUUUCACGCACGACAGUGUCUAGGGUUUACUGAGAAUGGUGCGACAAACAAACAUCCAGUCAGCGGCAAUCCUUUGGGCGAAAGCAGCUUGUUAAUGAGAGAGGUCGAAGGAGAAUGGCAAGAAUCAUGCAAGCUAACAGGUGGGCCACAAACAGACAAAUAACGGUGCAGUACAACAGUGGUGUGCAGAAUGGCAUCUCGGAACACACAACUCGUCGAUCCUUGUCACGGAUGGGUUAUUGCAGCAGAUGACCACACCGGGUUCCACUCCUAUCAGCUAAAAACAAGAAGAACCGGCUCCAGUGGGCACAUGAUCACCAACACUGGACAAUUGAGGAGUGGAAAAACAUCGCCUGGAACAUGACGGCGAGUUCAGUUUACUUGAGUGGUCUGCGCAGUCCCUAGACCUCAACCCAAUAGGGCAUCUUUGGGAUGAGAUGGAACGGGCUGUUCGCCGCAUGAAUGUACCGCCGUCCAACUGCAGCAACUGCGUGAUGCCAUCGCAUCAGCAUGGACCAACAUCCCUGUGGAAUGUUUCCGACACAUUGUAGAAUUCCCCGAAUAAUUCAGGCUGUUCUGGAGGCAAACAUUAUCCCUACAAAUAGCGGUGUUAGGCGAUUUUGGAAAGCCAUAGUAAAACAUAGUUAGUUUUGUCGUCUGAAGAGCAGGGUGGAUGGGCCAAUUAAAAUAAAUAAUUCCAGUUUACUUUGGUAAAUGGACUGAAUGGUCCAUAUCUUUCCUUAAAUAGGCUCCACUUGUAAGGUACCACAUUGACGUUGUAAUGUCAGGUUUACAAAAAUCCAGUUUACUUUGAUAAAUGGACUGAGUGAAAGAGGAUUUGUUUUUAAAGCUGGAAUUUCUUUCUCUCUUUUACAUAGAUGAAGUACCAGCGCAUGCUGGAGAGACUGGAGAAAGAGAACAAGGAGCUGAGGAAAGUGGUGCUGCAGAAAGACGAGAAGGGCAUCCACCAGAGGAAGAUCAAGGUGUGUGUGAGUCACGCACACCACACACACACAGUCAUGCACACACACACACCAGUGUUCUGCAUGGUAGUAAAAGUUAAUCAAUGAGUUUGUUUCAAAACAUUGUCUCCUGAAGAAAUCGACUCAUUCUCCCAUCAGGCGUUGCUCUAAGUAUUUUUCCAUCUGUAUUCCUUCUACAGAAGUCUCUGAUUGACAUGUACUCUGAGGUCCUGGACAUCCUCUCAGAUUUCGACUCCAACUACAACACCCAGGACCACCUACCCAGGGUAAGGAUAACCCAAAGGGUCAUGGCUGUCUGGAAAUGCAGUCAAAAUAGGGAGACAUAAUUUUUUAUGUACAUGCAAACCUUUUCUUUAGUAGAUACCAGAAAUAUUAGGGCCAUACUUGCCAACAGAAGUAACCAUUUAAAUUUAAACAGUUUCCUUCGGCUCAAAAUGUGUAUCAGCCAAUUAAAAUCAUAGAUUUAUGACAGAACGCUAAAUUGGAGCUGGUCCCAUUAGAUAAGAUGGCACACAUUAGCCCUAUGCUAACCUCACCAGGUGGUGGUGAUUAUAUCCUGGAACAAAUUCUUCAUCAGCCUAUCAAAGAUCGUAGACUUUAUAUCCACCAACCAAUGGCAUUUCUUAAAAUAGGUCAACCCUGACCACUGAAGGAUAUUUUAAAACUACAAAUUCAAGGUUUACUUUUGUUCCUUGGUCUGUAACAAAAUGUUGUGUCAAUAUUGCAUUUAAAUUUUAUUACGAUUCCCGUUAGCUGACGACAUAACGUCAGCUAAUCUUCCUAGGGUCCAACACAGAACUAAAAAUACAUUACAAGCAAUUACAAUUAACAUUAAGACAUUACAAACAUUUAAAGGAACAUUUCACCCAAAAACUAUCUUUUGGUAUUUGUUUCAUUAGUCCAUUGUUGAAAUAGUCCCAAAAUGUUUUGCUGUCAGCAAUCAAGUUUUCAAGAUAUGUAACUUUCAAAAUACAGAAAUCAUCCCCGUACAGAGAUGAUUUCUGGAUUUUGAAAGUAUUUGAUGGCCUGAAUUUGCCUGUCUGGUUUGGUGGUUAGGACCCAGAGAAACUGUUUAAAUUUAAAUGGUUGCUUAUGUUCGCAAGUAUGGCCCUAUUAUUUCCUCUUGUAAAGGCAUUGCUAUGAGAUGGUAGGUCUCUACUAUCUAUCACACCCAUUUCAUCUUCCUCCUUCCCUCCCUCCUUUGUGCUAUACUAUAGGUGGUGGUGGUGGGAGACCAGAGUGCAGGGAAGACCAGUGUGUUGGAGAUGAUCGCCCAGGCUAGGAUCUUCCCCCGGGGCUCUGGAGAAAUGAUGACCCGCUCUCCUGUCAAGGUAGAGGAACUCAUUUACUAGACUACCUUAACCCCCUCAAGACCCCUACCUUCCUAUACUGUAGCUGUAAAGAUAUCAAAGAUAUAUAUAGGAGCCAACUUUUACUUGACACAGUAGUGUUGAUUUAUGUUCUUAUUUUAAAGGGGCAAUCUGGGAUUUGUUACAUCCAUUUUGGACUUGAUGUAUAGCCAUUGAGUCUUGAAGAAUAUAACUUAUUAAGUGGCGGGGUGACCGCUUUGUUGUUUGAAUCCCAGAUUGCCUCUUUUUAAGGCAACAUGUCCAAACCUUUCCUACUGCUGUGGCUACACCUUGAUGGAUCUCCUCUUAGGCUCUGUAGGUCUACACGGUUCCAUAUGGGACGUUCUAGUCCUCAGUUUGAGUGGUUGAAUGAGGCCUGUGUGGUCUGGAUGGAUGGGCAGCAUUACCAGACUAGUGUUGUGGUUUUGGCCUGGGGACUUUGAAAGUGGUCAAUUACAUGUUGCCGCCUGCUGUUCUCUCCCCCUCCACUAGGUGACGCUAAGCGAGGGUCCGCACCACGUAGCCAUUUUCAAGGACAGCAGCCGAGAGUUCGACCUGGGCAAAGAGGAGGACGUACGUUUUAUACAGCAUAGAUAUGUGUGGAAGGGAUGACUGGAUCUGCCUCUUUCAAUCUGUCGCAUUCUCUAUAUCUUUUUCUCUCCUUCUACCAUCAUGUCCAUUCACUUGUUUAUUUAUUCAUUCAUUCAUUAAUCCUUUCAUUCUUUCGUCCCUGAAGCUGGCUGCCCUGAGACAUGAGAUCGAGCUGAGGAUGAGGAAGAGUGUCAAGGAGGGACAGACAGUCAGCCCUGAGGUGAGAACAGAACCUCCAUAGCUUUCAGCUUGCAAAUGUGUACUUCAGUUUGUGCCUAAUGUCUGACCUAAAUGUCUCUGACUAAAUGUUUGUUUAUUUCCGUAUGACAGACGAUCUCUCUGAGUGUCAAAGGACCAGGCAUCCAGAGGAUGGUACUAGUGGACCUACCAGGAGUCAUUAGUGUGAGUGUAUAUUCACACACACACCCACACACACACAGAGGCGUGUACAGAAACACACUCACACACGCUUGUGUAUGAAAACUGUGACCAUACAGUGGUAGGUGCAGUGAUUCUAAGGUGAUGUGAUUCUGUGUAUUCCUCUCAGACUGUGACAGCAGGCAUGGCAGCCGACACCAAGGAGACCAUCUUCAGCAUCAGCAAGAACUACAUGCAGAACCCCAAUGCCAUCAUCCUCUGCAUCCAGGGUGAGUCAACACUGGAGUCACCUCAUGAUCAAAUAUGAACAGAUCAUCCUUGAGCUCCUUUCCUUCUCUUCAUCCUCACCUCCCCUUUGCUCCUCUGUUCCCUUCUCUUCUGUCUCAGCUCUCCUUUCUACUGCCGCCUCCUCCUCUCUUCCUUUACCUCACAUGCUCUUCCCUAACCCUCCAUCUCUCUUUCUCGUCCUCAGAUGGGUCAGUGGAUGCAGAGCGCAGCAUCGUCACAGACCUGGUCAGUCAGAUGGACCCGCAGGGGAAGAGGACCAUCUUUGUCCUGACCAAAGUAGACCUGGCAGAGAAGAACCUGGCCAGCCCUAACCGGGUGAGAUUUGCGCACACACACACGUUCAAAACGUUUGAUUUGAAACUUUUGCAACGUGAAGCAGAAAUGACAGUUGGACAAGUCCAGGUAGUCCCGAAACAGAGGGUCAAUGAGCAUGGACGAAAUGCAUUUGACAAGUUCAAAUGGUCUGAAAACAAUUAUAAUCCUCUUUAGCCAAAAGGGGGCGCCCUUUCAUUAGUUUUAAAAGCUGGAUGUACACUAAAAUAGUCACGAGGUACAGACUGGAAGAAAUCCAAUGACACAUGAUUGCAAUUUGCCCUCUCAUCUUGGAUUUUAUGUAUUUCUCUCCCUACAGAUUCAACAGAUUGUUGAAGGAAAACUGUUCCCUAUGAAGGCCUUGGGCUACUUUGCUGUGGUGACGGGGAAAGGUAAGCUGCAUUACAAUUAGGGUUGCAAAAUUCCAGUAACAUGCCACCAGGAUUUCAGCGAAUUUUGGGAAAGUUACUGGGAUUUUGCCACCCUCAUUACAAUAAUGUAAAGUAGUUGAAUCUGUCCAGAGUUAGUCAGGUCUUUAAUCACUGACAUGUGAAUCUAUUGUCCCCUCUUCCCUAGGCAGUGCCGGUGAAAGCAUUGACUCCAUCAAAGACUACGAAGAGGACUUCUUCCAGAACUCUAGACUUCUUAGGUGGGUGUCCUGACUCCCUAUCAUUGCACAUUCGGUUUAGAAAAUGAAUUUCCAGUAAAUUCAUUAAUUUGGUGAAAGGCCAUGGUUUUCAAUGAUCAUUUUUUAAAUCCAGCUGAAAUGGAACUGACCUGUAACACGUUAUCCUUACCUGUGUCCCCCUCUCCUUCAAAGAGAUGGCAUGCUGAAAGCCCAUCAGGUGACCACUAAGAACCUCAGUCUGGCCGUGUCCGACUGCUUCUGGAAGAUGGUCAGGGAGUCAGUGGAGCAGCAGGCCGACGCCUUCAAAGGUAACCAGGCGGGUUAGGAGCCCAAAAUACACCUCAAUAUGAGGCUGGGUCACCAAAGGCUUAAAUGGCCUUCUUCCUUUACUUCCUGAUAGGCCAUCUAGGCAUCUACCUCCUAGCCUACAUGUGUCAAACUCAUUCCACGGAGGGCCGAAUGUCUGCUGUUUUUCACUCCUCCCUUGUACUUGAUUGAUUAAUUAACCCUUAUAGGGUCACUUUUCCCCUUAAUCAUAUCACAAUCAACUUUUACCAGUUGAAUGUACACAGAAAUAUAAUACUUUUUUUUUUAUUACAAUCUUUCAGAAAUAUUUUAUUGACAUAUGCAAAGGAGGCAACAUCUCAUUAUGUUUUUCUGGACAUUGGAUGAAGUCAGCAUAAAUAUUUCAGUUCCAUUUUGUUAAGACACUCCAGGACCGGACUUGUCCAGAGCAGGUUGUGGAUGAAUAUUUUUUAAUCUGUAAAAUACGUAUCUAGAUUUAAAAAAUUUGAUUAAACAGUAAUCGUGUUUUAAUAUGAUUUCUGAAUGACUACCUCCUCUCUGUACCCCACACAUACAAUUAUCUGUAUGGUCCCUCAGUUGAGCAGUGAAUUUCUAAUUCUGAUUCAACCACAAAAACCAGGAAGGUUUUCCAAUGCCUCGCAAAUAAGGGCACCUAUUGGUAGAUGAAAAAAAAAACAAAAAAACAUUGAAUAUCCCUUUGAGCAUGGUGAAGUUAUUAAUUACACUUCGGAUGGUGUAUCAAUACACCCAGUCACUACAAAGAUACAGGCGUCCUUCCUAAAUCAGUUGCCAGAGAGGAAGGAAACCACUCAGGGAUUUCACCAUGAGGCCAAUUGUGACUUAAAAACAGUUAGAGUUUAAUGGCUGUGAUAGGAGAAAACUGAGGAUGGAUCAACAACAUUGUAGUUACUCCACAAUACUGACCUAAAUGACAGAGUGAAAAGAAGGAAGCCUGUACAGAAUAAAAAUAUUCCAAAACAUGCAUCCUGUUUUCAAUAAAGCACUAAAGAAAAACUGCAAAAAUAUGUCAAAGAAAUGUACUAUAUGUCCUGAAUACAAAGUGUUAUGUUUGGGGUAAAUCCAACACAACACAUCACUGAGUACCACUCUCCAUAUUUUCAAGCAUGGUGGUGGCUGCAGCAUGUUAUGGGUAUGCUUGUCAUCGGCAAGGACUAAGGAGUUUUUUAGGAUAAAAAGAAACGGACUAGAGCUAAGCACAGGCAAAAUCCUAGAGGAAAACCUGGUUUCCAACAGACACUGGGAGACAUUCACCUGUCAGCAGGACAAUAACCUAAAGUACACACUGGAGUUGUCUUACCAAGACGACAUUGAAUGUUCCUGAGUGGCCUAGUUACAGUUUUGACUUAAAUCAGCUUGAUAAUCUAUGGCAAGAUUUGAAAAUUGCUGUCUAGCAAUGAUCAACAACCAACUUGACAGAGCUUGACAUUUAAAAAAAAGAAUAAUGUGCAAAAAUUAUACAAUCCAGGUGUGCAAAGCUUUUAAUGACUAACUGUAUGUCCAAAGUGGUUAAAAUGAAUUGCAAUGUUGAUGACGGUAGUAUGAUAAACUAAAUAAAAUAUACAUUUUCAUGAUGUUUUGUUUACAUUUUGUUAACUUUUUGAAAACACUAAUUAAUGGACCAAAAUACAAAAAAAUCUCAAUUGAUAGGUAGUUGCAAAAAUGUCAUUUCAGCCUGUGGUGCCUGGCCUUAAGGUCAUCGAUUAGUUAGGAACUCCCCUCACCUGGUUGUGUAGGUCUUAAUUGGACACCAAAAAGAUACAGCAGACACUCUGCCCUCCAUGGAAUGAGUUAGAUACUCCUGUCCUAGACUCUUACAGCCAUGGCUGACCACCACCACCCACCUUUGUUAGCGAGCGAUGCACACUUUUCCUCUCUACUCGCUCCCCCCUCCUGCUCUCGACCACCCUGCCACACUUCUCCCCUCGACUGGCACUGCUUCCCAGCUGCAAUUAUCCCAGACAGCCGGUGGUCCUCACUAACAGUAGCAGCAGGGACUAGAUUUAUUGCCCUGUGGCUGUGGUGUGGCUCUCCUUCCCAUUGUGUGGCGUAUUGAUCUGCUGCACGUCAAAAACCAUCCUCACAGGCCCAGAGUCUGGCGCCACUCUGGCCCAAUAUCCCACCCACUGGCAAUUAGCGUCAUCUUCAUUGUGUAGGAGAGGGACAAUGGGGAGUGUGUAUGUCGGGGAGUGUGUGUGUGUCAGGGUUUCCUACAGGAAUAUUUGCUGCUGGACAACGUGACCGGGAAGAUUUUAAUUUACAGGACAUUUGAUAAAUUUACCGGACAUCCAUAUGCAUUUAGAUCCGAAAGUAUACUGAACAAAAAUAUAAAAUGCAACAGGUAAUGUGUUUGUCCCAUUUUUCAUGAGCUGAAAUAAAAGAUCCCAGAAAUUGUCCAUACUCACAAAAAGCUUAUUUCUCUAAAAUUUUGUGCACAAAUUUGCUUACAUUCUUGUUUGCCAAUAUAAUCCAUCCACCUGACAGGUGUGGCAUAUCAAGAAGCUGAUUAAACCGCUUGAUCAUUACACAGGUGCACCUUGCACUGGGGACAAUUAAAAGCCCCUAAAAUGUGCAGUUUUGUCACACAACACAAUGCCACAGAUGUCUCAAGUUUUGAGGGAGCAUGCAAUUGGCAUGCUGACUGCAGGAAUCUCUACCAGAUAUGUUGUCAGAUAAUUUGUUUGUUUCUCUACCAUAAAUCUCCUCCAAUGUCGUUUUAGAGAAUUUUGUAGUAUGUCCAACCGGCCUUAUAACUGCAGACCACGUGUAACCACGCCAGCCCAGGACCUCCACAUCUGGCUUCUUCACCUGUGGGAUCAUCUGAGGGGGUGCUAAGGCGUAUUUCUGUCUGUAGUAAAGCCCUUUUGUGGGAAAAAACUCAUUCUGAUUGGCUGGGCCUGGCUCCCCAGUGGGUGGGCUGGGCUCCACCCAUGGUUGUGCCCUUGCCCAGUCAUGUGAAAUCCCCAUAGAUUAGGGCCUAAUUUAAUUUAUUUAAAUUGACUGACUUCCUUAUAUGAACUGUAACUCAGUAAAAUCUUUGAAAUUGUUUCAUGUUGGGUUUAUUUUUGUUCAGUGUAAAUACGGAGCACACAAUUUAGAAAGACAUACAAACUUAAUUUAGCCAACGGAAAUAUCUCUACUGAAUGAAACAAAACACGUGUUGCAUAUUUAAAGAACUGGUUUAGAUUAAUAAGUAUGCCUACAAUAAUAAUGAUAUGCAAUAAUAAUAAUGAUGAUAAAACUAAUGAUUAUAAAUAAAUAAAAGUUCCAAAAUUGCAUCAUAACUGAAUAGCACACAGUAGCCUGCAUUUGGCCACGCCACGUUCUUCUCAUAUUGGUCUACUACAAUAUUAAAACUUGUCCACAUGGAGGACAUUCCACUUGUAGGCUUUUCACUUUAGGCAUAGUCUUUUUUCUUUAACUUUAGUUUUAAUGCAAUGAAAAACACCUCCAUCUUCGCAAUCAACAGUAGCCUAGGCCAAACUUCUCGUUUUCUGUUGUACCUGAUAAUUAAUUGCAUCCACCUGGUGUCCCAGAUCUAAAUCAGUCCUUGAUUAGAGAGGAGAUUUGUCCUCUGUCCUUUGUCUUCUGUAGCUCAGUUGGUAGAGAAUGGCGCUUGCAACACCAGGAUAGUGGGUUCAAUUCCCGGGACCACCAUACGCAAAAAACUGAUUCACGUUUGACAGUAAGUCGCUUUGGAUAAAAGCAUCUGCUAUAUGCAUGUUGUAGGGCUGCCCCAUUUAGUCAACUGGGCGAUUGUUUGGUCGAUAGGCUGUUGGUCGACCAAGAUUUUUAUUUUGUCAAGCAGUGGCAAAUAUAUUGUAAAGAAUUAUGGCACACGAGACACCUGUCUGAUUCACGCCUGUCUGAGUGGAUUACGUAAUCUAUUGCGGAGGCCGCGGGUCUGGCACACCAGUAGUACAUUUACCGUUAAUUACCAUAAUUUCUAACCUACAAUGUUUGUUUGGUUACGGUAAUUUCUGUUAAUGCAUUCAAUAUAUUAUUAUUAUUAUUAUUACAGUCUUACCGUUGUCAUUGUAGGAGUGGACACAUUGUUUACAGAGCGCACAACCUAGGCUACACUUGUGAGAAAAAAGUUUUGGUUUAUUUCAUUCCAUUUACGAGUUGGCAAUUUAUUCAUUGUCUUUUGUUUGGAGCGCUCCUGGCAAUCUUUGGUAAGGACACGCACCUGAUUACACAUAGAGGUUGUCCUAGGCUACCUGGCCUCCACACAAAUGUAGGCUUAUAAAUGUGCCCAUUUGGGGAUCUGAUACUAUUUCUGAUUGUCUUAACUCACCAUCACUUUGUAGCUUCUCAAAGUAAUUUUGUCUUCGCCUCAAACAGCAAGUAAACAAAGUCUGUUUUUACAUCCAUUGAGAAUGACAAUAGUUCCUCAACGUAGCCUAUUUGAAAGAUCUUUCCAUCUCUCCCUUUCGAUAACCACUCAGCAUGAAAGGGGAAUAACAUGCUCUGAUCCGGUGGAAACGUCAUAAAAAAGGUGUACCUGAUUAUCCCUUGCGCAAAUAGCCUACAGAUGUGUCUGUUUGUCCGGAGCUCACUGGCUCAGGAAACUCUUGAGGGCCCAGAAUAUGUUAUUCAAUGUUGCAAGUUUGCUAGAACUAGCUUAGGUCUGACCAAGUUAAUAGUUUAUACAAUGUUUAAAGUUCCUUGCAGACAGGCCAUGCAUACAGUGAGGGGAAAAAAGUAUUUGAUCCCCUGCUGAUUUUGUACGUUUGCCCACUGACAAAGAAAUGAUCAGUCUAUAAUUUUAAUGGUAGGUUUAUUUGAACAGUGAGAGACAGAAUAACAACAAAAAAAUCCAGAAAAACACAUGUCAAAAAUGUUAUGAAUUGAUUUGCAUUUUAAUGAGGGAAUUAAGUAUUUCACCCCUCUGCAAAACCCUUGUUGGCAAUCACAGAGGUCAGACGUUUCUUGUAGUUGGCCACAAGGUUUGCACACAUCUCAGGAGGGAUUUUGUCCCACUCCUCUUUGCAGAUCUUCUCCAAGUCAUUAAGGUUUCGAGGCUGACGUUUGGCAACUCGAACCUUCAGCUCCCUCCACAGAUUUUCUAUGGGAUUAAGGUCUGGAGACUGGCUAGGCCACUCCAGCACCUUAAUGUGCUCCUUCUUGAGCCACUCCUUUGUUGCCUUGGCCGUGUGUUUUGGGUCAUUGUCAUGCUGGAAUACCCAUCCACGACCCAUUUUCAAUGCCCUGGUUGAGGGAAGGUGGUUCUCACCCAAGAUUUGACGGUACAUGGCCCCGUCCAUCGUCCCUUUGAUGCGGUGAAGUUGUCCUGUCCACCCCCAAAGCAUAAUGUUUCCACCUCCAUGUUUGACGGUGGGAAUGGUGUUCUUGGGGUCAUAGGCAGCAUUCCUCCUCCUCCAAACACGGCGAGUUGAGUUGAUGCCAAAGAGUUCUUCUCUGAAUCAUUCAGAUGUUCAUUGGCAAACUUCAGACGGGCCUGUAUAUGUGCUUUCUUGAGCAGGGGGAGCUUGCGGGCGCUGCAGGAUUUUAGUCCUUCACGGUGUAGUGUGUUACCAAUUGUUUUCUUGGUGUUUAUGGUCCCAGCUGCCUUGAGAUCAUUGACAAGAUCCUCCCGUGUAGUUUUUGGCUGAUUCCUCAGCGUUCUCAUGAUCAUUGCAACUCCACAAGGUGAGAUCUUGCAUGGAGCCCUAGGCCGAGGGAGAUUGACAGUUCAUUUGUGUUUCUUCCAUUUGCAAAUAAUCGCACCAACUGUUGUCACCUUCUCACCAAGCUGCUUGGCGAUGGUCUUGUAGCCCAUUCCAGCCUUGUGUAGGUCUACAAUCUUGUCCCUUGACAUCCUUGGAGAGCUCUUUGGUCUUGGCCAUGGUGGAGCGUUUGGAAUCUGAUUGAUUGAUUGCUUCUGUGGACAGGUGUCUUUUAUACAGGUUACACGCUGAGAUUAGGAGCACUCCCUUUAAGAGUGUGCUCCUAAUCUCAGCUCGUUACCUGUAUAAAAGACACCUCGGAGCCAGAAAUCUUUCUGAUUGAGAGGGGGUUAAAUACUUAUUUCCCUCAUUAAAAUGCAAAUCAAUUUAUAACAUUUUUCACAUGCGUUUUUCUGGAUUUUUUUGUUAUUCUGUCUCUCACUGUUCAAAUAAACCUACCAUUAAAAUUAUAGACUGAUCAUUUCUUUGUCAGUGGGCAAACUUACAAAAUCAGCAGGGGAUCAAAUACUGUUUUCCCUCACUGUAGGCUACGUGAUUUAUAGGAUAUUUAUUUUUAUCAGGAUAUUUUCUACCUACGGGCUGCAAUGUUUUUAUUUGUUGGCUUUAUGUAGGCUAUUUUUACAUAUUGGCAAUAAAAGUUACUUUUAGAUUUGUAUCAUUUUCAUUUAGAUAUAAAUUUGAUUAACCACAUGAUAUUUAUUUUCAGAUUUGAUGAAUUUAUUAUGAAUUAAAUGAAACUGUUCCACGAAAAUGUGCAUAGGAAAAUCAUCAGUAGAUUAAUCAUCAGCACGCAGAACAGUAGAAAUGGUACGAUAACUUGGCACGCGAAAUGGAAAGCGUUGCCGACCGCUGGUAUAGCCUAUUACUGGCAACGGCAGAAUCUGUGAAGGCCAGCAGCAGCGGGAGGAGGGGGUCGGGAACAGUUUUUUGGGGGGUUAGGCUAUAUUGAUCUCUGACUCCCUCUAUAGUAAUUUGUGUGUCUUCAUUUUUAAUCGCAGUGCUUAAAGUAUCAGACAAGCUCAGUAUCCUACAUAUAGUUGAUUUUAUUCAAACAUGGAGUGUGUCUAUAUAUGGAAAAAAUACCUGUUUUAAAAUUUAAAUCAAUCGAUUGGUCGAAAGAACAGACGACUCUCCGUUGACGAAUAUCUUUUUUUGUCAGGGACAGCCCUAGCAUGGUAUUAUUAUUAUUAUUUGAAUUGCCUGUACUAUGACAGAGCUGUCUGUCCUCUCCUCCCUCAGCGUCCCGCUUCAACCUGGAGACAGAGUGGAAGAACAACUACCCCCGUCUGAGAGAGCUGGACAGGGUAAGGACCAUCGAGAUCCAUAUACAGUACCAGUCAAAAGUUUGGACACACCUACUCAUUCAAGGGUUUUUCUUUAUUUUUACUAUUUUCUACAUUGUAGAACUAUGAAAUAACACAUAUGGAAUCAUGUAAUAACCAAAAAAGUGUUAAACAAAUCUAGGCAUUCUCUCAACCAGCUUCACCUGGAAUGCUUUUCCAACAGUCUUGAAGGAGUUCCCACAUGAGCACUUGUUGGCUGCUUUUCCUUCACUUUAUGGUCCGACUCAUCCCAAACCAUCUCAAUUGGGUUUAGGUCGGGGGAUUGUGGAGGCCAGGUCAUCUGAUGCGGCACUCCAUCACUCUCCUUCUUGGUAAAAUAGCCCUUACACAGCCUGGAGGUGUGUUGGGUCAUUGUCCGGUUCAAAAACAAAUGAUAGUCCCACUAAGCCCAAACCAGAUGGGAUGGCGUAUCACUGCAGAAUGCUGUGGUAGCCGUGCUGGUUAAGUGUGCCUUGAAUUCUAAAUAAAUCACAGACAGUGUAACCAGCAAAGCACCCCCACACCAUAACACCACCUCCUCCAUGCUUUACGGUGGGAAAUACCCAUGCGGAGAUCAUCCGUUCACCCACACCGCGUCUCACAAAGCCACGGCGGUUGGAACCAAAUAUCUCCAAUUUGGACUCUGACCAAAGGACACAUUUCCACCGGUCUAAUGUCCAUUGCUCGUGUUUCUUGGCCCAAGCAAGUCUCUUCUUCAUAUUGGUGUCCUUUGGUUGUGGUUUCUUUGCAGCAAUUCGAUCAUUAAUUCGAGGCCUGAUUCACACAGUCUCCUCUGAACAGUUGAUGUUGAGAUGUGUCUGUUACUUGAACUCUGUGAAGCAUUUAUUUGGGCUGCAAUUUCUGAGGCUGGUAAUGCUAAUGAACUUAUCCUCUGCAGCAGAGGUAACUCUGGGUCUUCCUUUCCUGUGGCGGUCCUCAUGAGUCAGUUUCAUCAUAGCGCUUGAUGGUUUUUGCGACUCACCUUCAUGUCUUAAAGUAAUGAUGGACUGUAAUUUCUCUUUGCUUAUUUGAGCUGUUCUUGCCAUUAACAUGGACUUGGGUCUUUUACCAAAUAGGGCUAUCUUAUGUAUACCCCCCCUAACUUGUCACAACACAACUGAUUGGCUGAAAAGCAUUAAGAAGGAAAUACAUUCCACAAAUUAUAUUUUAAGAAGGCACACCUGUUAAUUGAAAUGCAUUCCAGGUGACUACCUCAUGAAGCUUGUUGAGAGAAUGCCAAGAGUGUGCAAAGCUGUCAUCAAGGCAAAGGGUGGCUAUUUGAAGAAUCUCAAAAAUAAAAUAUAUUUUGAUUUGUUUAACACUUUUCUGGUUACUACAUGAUUCCAUAUGUGUUAUUUCAUAGUUUUGAUGUCUUCACUAUUAUUCUACAAUGUAGAAAAUAGUAAAAAUAAAGAAAAACCCUUGAAUGAGUAGGAGUGUCCAAACUUUCGACUGGUAGUGUAUAUCUAUAUCUAUAUAUAUCUUGUGUUCCAUUAUAAUUCUAUAGGCCUAUAUAUUGUUUUACUUAAUUAUAGUUAACUCUAGUCUAGUUAGGACUCUGUCUGCUUCUGUCCACAAUAAUAUCCUUCACCAGUCCAGUGUUCAUGUCUGUCUAUUGGGCUUUUUCUGAAAUUUUGAGAGAAUGGUCAACAGUGCCAGAUUCCACCCGCUAAUCAUUAGUUUUCUGUUCAUCUUAUCCUCCAGAAUGAACUCUUCGAAAAAGCCAAGAACGAAAUCUUGGAUGAAGUUAUUAGCUUGAGUCAAGUGACACCGAAACACUGGUUAGUGUUUGCACUCAUGUUUCCCGUGAUGAACAUGUUCCCCUUCAAAUUAUGUUGUAUCACCUGCAGCUUUAUGUACAUGAUUAGUGACUAUUAUUUAGUUUUUUAAAGAUGUUAUGAUUUUAUUAUGGCCAACAUCAACUUAUGCUUCAUAUUCAAAGAUCAUUAAAUUAAUUCAGAAAUUCCCCGGCAGUUAGCCGGCUUUGCUGUAGAAGCUCUGAAUGGUGCAGGUGGCUAGCGUGUGUGCCUGUCUGUGUGCAUGCGUGUAUUGGUCUCAGCCCCCCCCCCCCAGAGGUUAGCAGUAGGCUAAAUGAGAUGGAUGUCCAGUGGUUGGUGAGAGGCUGAGAGCCCCUCCGAGCCCCAUCUGUAGCACUGGAUCAAUGGCCUGAUGAAUGGGCUACGGUGUGACUGGGGGUGGUGGGGGAGCCAAGAUGGCCCUGUUAACCAGCAACGCAAUCGAAGCAUCUGAGAAGUGUGUUGUAUUGAUAUGAGUGGUGCUGGGAGCAAAAACAAAGGGUUGUGGAUGAAAUAUGAGUGUGUGUUUUGUGAUAAAUGAGUUUUCACCAGCAGCCCAGGGGGAUUGAGUAGGGGUUUGUCCCAUUGUCGUACAGCCCUGGUCAGAUAAAGAGCCUAGCUUUAGUUAACAAGCUGCUGGGCUUUCAUGGGGAUUUGGCCCAAAAGUAGUGCAUUAUAUCAGGAAUAGGGUGUCAUUUUGGGAUUCACCCACAUAGUGUUGUCUCCAAAGCGAUGUCCAACCACAAAUACCUAGGUGUCGGGUUAGACCGUAAACUCUCCUUCCAGACUCACAUUAAGCAACUCCAAUCCAAAGUUAAAUCUAGAAUCGGCUUCCUGUUUCGCAACAAAGCUUCCUUCACUCAUGCUGCUAAACAUGCCCUCGUAAAACUGACUAUCCUACCGAUCCUUGACUUUGGUGAUGUCAUUUACAAAAUAGCUUCCAACACUCAACUCAGCAAAUUGGAUGUAGUCUAUCACAGUGCCAUCCGUUUUGUCACCAAAGCCCCAUAUACUACCCACCAUUGUGACCUGUACGCUCUUGUUGGCUGGCCCUCACUACAUAUUCGUCGCUAAACCCACUGGCUCCAGGUCAUCUAUAAAUCACUUCUAGGGAAAUCCCCGCCUUAUCUUAGCUCAUUGGUCACCAUAGCAACACCCACCCGUAGUAUGCACUCCAGCAUGUAUAUCUCACUGGUCAUCCCCAAAGCCAACACCUCCUUUGGCCGCCAUUCCUUCCAGUUCUCUGCCACAAAUGACUGGAACUAACUACAAAAAUCUCUGAAGCUGGAGACACUUAUCUCCCUCAUUAACUGUAAGCAUCAGUUGUCAGAGCAGCUUAUCGAUCACUGUACCUGUACACAGCCCAUCUGUAAUUAGCCCACCCAACUACCUCAUCCCCAUAUUGUUAUUUACAUUAUUUAUUUUUCUCAUUUGCACCCCAGUAUCUCUAUCUGCACAUCUAUCACUCCAGUGUUAAUACUAAAUUGUAAUUAUUUUGCACUAUGGCCUAUUUAUUGCCUUACCUCCAUAUCUUACUACAUUUGCACAUAAUGUAUAUACAUUUUCUAUUUUCUAUUGUGUUAUUGACUGUACGUUUUUGUUUAUUCCAUAUGUAACUCUGUGUUGUUGUUGUUUUUAUCGCACUGCUUUACUUUAUCUUGGCCAGGUCGCAGUUGUAAAUGAGAACUUGUUCUCAACUGGCUUACCUGGUUAAAUAAAGGUGUAAAAAAAAUAAAAUCUCACUUGGUUGUAUUUCCCCUAUCUGCCCUUUGCCCCUGCAGGGAGGCCAUCCUACAGAAGAAGCUGUGGGAGCGGGUGUCCACACACGUCAUCGAGAACAUCUACCUGCCGGCAGCCCAGACCAUGAACUCUGGCACCUUCAACACCACCGUGGACAUCAAGCUCAAACAGUGGACAGACAAGCAGCUGCCUCACAAAGCAUUAGAGGUGGAGUUACACUAUUACUGCUGCCUCAAUCUCUUUAAAUCUCUUCAUGGCUAACUGUGGAGCUACAGUGCUUUCGGAAAGUAUUCACACCCCUUCCCUUUUUCCACCCUCAUCAAUCUACACCCCAUAAUGACAAAUCAAAAACAGGUUUUUAGAAUGUUUUGCAAAUGUAUUAAAAAAAAUAUUUUAAAAAAUACCUUAUUUACAUAAGUAUUCAGCCCCUUUGCCAUGAGACUCGAAAUUGAGCUCAGGUGCGUCCUGUUUCAAUUGAUCAUCCUUGAGAUGUUUCUACAACUUGAUUGGAGUCCACCUGUGUUAAAUUCAAUUGAUUGGACAUGAUUUGGAAAGGCACACACCUGUCUAUAUAAGGUCCCACAGUUGACAGUGUAUUUCAGAGCAAUAACCAAGCCAUGAGGUCGAAGGAAUUGGCCAUAGAGCUCCGAGACAGGAUUGAGUCGAGACAGAUCUGGGGAAGGGUAGCAACACAUUUCUGCAGCAUUGACGGUCCCCAAGAACACAGUGGCCUCCAUCAUUCUUAAAUGGAAGAAGUUUGGAACCACCAAGACUCUUCCUAGAGCUGGCCGCCUGGCCAAACUGAACAAUCGGGGGAGAAGGGCCUUGGUCAGGGAGGUGACCAAGAACCCAAUGGUCACUCUGACAGAGCUCUAGAGUUCCUCUGUGGAGAUGGGAGAACCUUCCAUAAGGACAACCAUCUCUGCAGCACUCCACCAAUCAGGUCUUUAUGGUAGAGUGGCUAGACGGAAGCCACUCCUAAGUAAAAGGCACAUGACAGCCCAAUUGGAGUUUGCCAAAUGGCACCUAAAGGACUCUCAGACCAUGAGAAACAAGAAUCUCUGGUUUGAUGAAACCAAGAUUGAACUCUUUGGCCUGAAUGCCAAGCGUCACGUCUGGAGGAAACAUGGCACCAUCCCUACGGUGAAGCAUGGUGGUGGCAGCAUCAUGCUGUGGAGAUGUUUUUUAGUGGCAGGGACAGGGAGACUAGUUAGGAUCGAGGGAAAGAUGAACAGAGCAAGUACAGAGAGAUCCUGGUUGAAAACCUGCUCCAGAGCGCUCAUGACCUCAGACUUGGGCGAAGGUUCACCUUCCAACAGGACAAUGACCCUAAGCACACAACCAAGACAACAUAGGAGUGGCUUUGGGACAAGUCUCUGAAUAUCCUUGAGUGGCCCAGCCAGAGCCCAGACUUGAACCCGAUCAAACAACUCUUGAGAGACCAGAAAAUAGCUGUGCAGCGAUGCUCCCCAUCCAACCUGACAGAGCUUGAGAGGAUCUUCAGAGAAGAAUGGGAGAAACUCUCCAAAUACAGCUGUGCCAAGCUUGUAGCGUCAUACCCAAGAAGACUCGAGUCUGUAAUCGCUGCCAAAGGUGCUUCAACAAAGUACUGAGUAAAGGGUCUGAAUACGUAUGUAAAUGUGAUAUAUUUGCAAAAAUGAAGAAAAACCUGUUUUUACUUUGUCAUUAUGUGGUAUUUUGUGUAGAUUCAUGAGGGGGGAAAAACUGUUUAAACCAUUUUGGAAUAAGGCUGUAACAUAACAAAAUGUGGGAAAAGUCAAGUGGUCUGAAUUCUUUCCGAAUGCACUGUAAAUGUCUUAAGGAAAUGUUCAUGUCAGGACUCUGUUUUGAUUAUUUCAAUAAUUAUUAUUGGAGAUGAAUGGUUUUACUGUUGUAGUCAAUUAUGUCCUUUUGUUCCACAUUUGCGUUUUCCUCGCAAUCACUAAUUGGUAUGACAGUAAUGGUAUGCAGAUAUUGUAGCGUUGUCACAGUAGUCUGUAGCCGGCCAUUGUGCUGUGUUGACACAAGGCCCCAUCUUCUUCUCUGUUCCUCACAGGUUGCCUGGGAGACGCUGCAGGAGGAGUUUGCCCGCUUCAUGGCCGAGUAUAAAGGGAAGGACCAGGACGACAUCUUUGACAAGCUCAAGGAGGCAGUGAAGGACGAGAGCAUCAAGAGGCACAAGUGGAACGAGAGGGCCAUGGACAGCCUGGUAAUUAAACAUGGGCACACACACAGUAAAAAGACACUGACAUUGCGAUACUCUUUACUCUUUCUCAUAUUCAACCACAUAUACAGCAGGCAAACAUUGUUAUACAUUCAGGUUUCCUGUCUCCCCUUGCCUUGUGCGUAAUGUCAUUUCUCCUGUCUGUGUGUGUUGUCAGAGGGUGAUCCAGCACAAUGCUCUGGAGGACCGCUCCAUCACAGACAAGCCCCAGUGGGAUGCAGCCAUCCAGUUCAUGGAGGAGACCCUGCAGGCGCGCCUCAAAGACAGUACGUUACACACCCACCUUCAACAUGGCUUACCCCCUUUAGUAUCAACCACUUUCUUGAACUUUCACUUACUGAGUUGCUGAUGUACAGUUGAAGUCGGAAGUUUACAUACACCUUAGCCAAAUACAUUUAAACUCAGUUUUUCACAAUUCCUGACAUUUAAUCCCAGUAAAAAUUCCCUGUUUUAGGUCUGUUAGGAUCACCACUUUAUUUUAAGAAUGUUAAAUGUCAGAAUAAUAGUAGAGAGAAUGAUUUAUUUCAGCUUUUAUUUAUUUCAUCACAUUCCCAGAGGUUCAGAAGUUUACAUACACUCAAUUAGUAUUUGGUAGCAUUGCCUUUAAAUUGUUUAACUUGGGUCAAACGUUUCGGGUAGCCUUCCACAAACUUCCCACAAUAAGUUGGGUGAAUUUUGGCCCAUUGGUCCUGAUCGAGCUGGUGUAACUGAGUCAGGUUUGUAGGCCUCCUUGCUCGCACACGCUUUUUCAGUUCUGCCCACAAAUGUUCUAUAGGACUGAGGUCAGGGCUUUGUCAUGGCAACUCCAAUACCAUGACAUUGUUGUCCUUAAGCUGUUUUGCCACAACUUUGGAAGUAUGCUUGGGGUCAUUGUCCAUUUGGAAGACCCAUUUGCGACCAAGCUUUAACUUCCUGACUGAUGUCUUGAGACGUUGCUUCAAUAUAUCCACAUAAUUUUCCUUCCUCAUGAUGCCAUCUAUUUUGUGAGGGGCACCAGUCCCUCCUGCAGCAAAGCACCCCCACAGCAUGAUGCUGCCACCCCCGUGCUUCACGGUUGGGAUGGUGUUCUUCGGCUUGCAAGCCACCCCCUUUUUCCUCCAAACAUAACGAUGGUCAUUAUGGCCAAACAGUUCUAUUUUUGUUUAAUCAGACCAGAGGACAUGUCUCCUAAAAGUAAGAUCUUUGUCCCCAUGUGCAGUUGCAAACUGUAGUCUGGCUUUUUAUGGCGGUUUUGGAGCAGUGACUUCUUCCUUGCUGAGCGGCCUUUCAGGUUAUGUCGAUAUAGGACUAGUUUUUCUGUGGAUAUAGAUACUUUUGUGCCUGUUUCUUCCAGCAUCUUCACAAGGUCCUUUGCUGUUGUUCUGGGAUUGAUUUGCACUUUCCGCACCAAAGUACGUUCAUCUCUAGGAGACAGAACGCGUCUCCUUCCUGAGCGGUAUGAUGGCUGCGUGGUCCCAUGAUGUUUAUACUUGCGUACUAUUGUUUGUACAGAUGAACGUGGUAGCUUCAGGCGUUUGGAAAUUGCUCCCAAGGAUGAACCAGACUUGUGGAGGUCUUCAAUUUUCUUUCUGAGGUCUUGGCUGAUUUGUUUUUAUUUUCCCAUGAUGUCAAGCAAAGAGGCACUGAGUUUGAAGGUAGGACUUGAAAUACAUCCACAGGUAUACCUCCAAUUGACUCAAAUGAUUAGCCUAUCAGAAGCUUCUAAAGCCAGAAACAUCAUUUUCUGGAAUUUUCCAAGCCGUUUAAAGGCACAGUCAACUUUUUGUGAUACAGUGAAUUAUAAGUGAAAUAAUCUGUCUGUAAACAAAGUCGAUGUCCUAUCCGACUUGACAAAACUAUAGUUUGUUAACAAGACAUUUGUGGAGUGGUUGAAAAACACGUUUUAAUGACUCCAACCUAAGUGUAUGUAAACUUCCGACUUCAACUGUAUAUUUGUCUCCUUCUCUCUGCACCUGUCUAUCUCUGUUAGGGUUGUCACGAUACCAGUGUUGCUAUACUACGAUACCAGAUUUUCCAUGGCAAAAAAGAAAACCGGAAUUAGUUUGAACUCUAUGGUCCUAUAAAAACCUACUUUACGUAAAAUUGUGUGUGCUAUAGCUUGCAAAUUAGACAUGUGACUCUAGGUCACAACAUAAUGCUGUUUGUUUCUAACAUUAGGACUGUUUUCCUCAAGAAAUGAAAUCCGCUUCAUGUUUUGUUUUCUUGCCACGAUACUUCCCAGGAUCGCGAUACAGGUAUCGUGACAACCCUAAUCCCCCCCCCCCCCCCCUUGCACCUGUCUAUCUCUAUUACUACAAUCUUACUACCUCUGUGUGUCACCUAGCUGAAUCAGUGAUAAAUGACAUGGUGGGUCCUGACUGGAAGCAGCGCUGGAUGAGCUGGAAGAACCGCUCGCCCGAGCAGCACACCCGCAACGAAACCAAAAACGAGCUGGAGCGCCUGCUGAAGCUCCACGAGGACCACACAGCCUACCUGGCAAACGACGAGGUCACCACUGUCCGCAAGAAUCUGGAGGGCCGAGGGGUGGAGGUGGACCCUGCCCUGGUGAGGGAGACCAACUCUGGUCACAUUUUCUGGUCACAAGUCUUAGGAACUCCAAUGGAGUAAACAUGUAAUAACUUUGCAAUAAGUAUGUAUGCAUUUAUUGAAGAACUGGGCAGGUGGAAGUAUCUCUCCAGUAGGUACCCACCAUAUUGUGUUUUCAGAUCAUUAUCUCGAUAGAGGAGAUGAGUACUCAAAGACACAAGUAUUUAGAUGCACGCACGCAGGUGCACAUACAAACGCACACACACUACCCCACAUACAAACGCACACACACUACCCCAGACACCAUGAAGCAGAGUCUGCCCCUCUCUCAUUCUGUCCCUCCUCUACUACUUCCUGUGUUCCAGAUCAAGGACACGUGGCACCAACUGUAUAGACGUCACUUCCUGCAGAAGGCCCUGCAGCACUGUAACCUGUGUAGACGAGGCUUCUACUACUACCAGAGACACUUUGUUGACUCAGAGGUAAGUGACCUAGGCUCCGAUGUAAGCUGCCAGUGAUAGCUGUUCUCAACUAAGGUUUUAGUGACACAUUAUGAUUUGAGUUCAACAAGGCUUCCGUUUUGGCGAACAUGUUACCACAAUUUCAGUUGAAUGAUUUAAAUGAACAUUCCAAAAUGUUAUGGUGAAGCCACAAAUAGCUAAUUUUUGUAAGGAUUAUUCAUUCUCACUAGAUGAAAUAGAAAGCCUAAAUCGCCACAUGAUUAUUUGUAGUGGCAGUUAAUCAUUUACAUUUUAGUCAUUUAGCAGAAGCUCUUAUCCAGAGCGACUUACAGUUAGUGAGUGCAUACAUUAUUUAUAUUUUUUCAUACUGGCCCCCCCGUGGGAAUCUAACCCACAACCCUGGCGUUGCAAACGCCAUGCUCUACCAACUGAGCUACAUCCCUGCCGGCCAUUCCCUCCCCUACCCUGGGCCAAUUGUGCGCCGCACCAUGGGUCUCCCGGUCGCGGCCGGCUACGACAGAGCCUGGAUUCGAACCAGGAUAUCUAGUGGCACAGCUAGCACUGCAAUGCAGUGCCUUAGACCACAGCGCCACUCGGGAAUACCUGCAACAUACACUUAAGUUUGCCUACCUUCUCAGAUGUUAUGCCUCGAUCAGACCGACAGCCCCAUUUGCGUUUCGGUACACCAGAAGUGUAUUUCCAGUGGAAGCUGCGUUUGCCUUGCAGCGUUGCAGAGGCAGUCGCAAUGCGUUCUGUGUGGUGCAUAUGUUGGAUAUAUCCAACAUAUGCAUCAAAUUUACGUUUGGCUGCAGAAUUUAUUACGCAGCAUUGAUGCAUUGACGCUGUGGUUAACACAAAAUAAAUGGAAUGUGUUAUUUCCCUUGUUGAACACACCUUUGGACUGUAGUACGUUGUCCAUCCAUCUACACUACCCUUUCCCCUGCCUGCAGUAAAAACCAUGGAAAAAUACUUUACAUUUUUUAAAUACAAUUCACCUGUCAUUUUUUGGAUUUCAUCUACACUACCCCCCCAAUUAUCUCUGACUAAUACUGCAUGUACGUUUGACCCUAUCUCAGUUUAAAAGUAUCUUGUUUAUCUUUCUUUGUAGCUGGAGUGCAAUGACGUAGUGCUGUUCUGGAGGAUCCAGAGGAUGCUGCUUAUCACAGCCAACACACUCAGACAGCAGCUAACCAACACAGAGGGUAUGCUGGGACUAGGGUAUAGGGCUGGGACUGGGGUAUAGGGCUGGGACUGAGACUGGGGAAUAGGGCUGGGUUACAGGGCUGGGACUGGGGUAUGGGACUGGGGUAUGGGGCUGGGACUGGGGUAUGGGGCUGGGACUUGUGUAUAGGGCUGGGACUGGGGUAUAGGGCUGGGACUGGGGUGUAGGGCUGAGACUGGGGUAUAGGAAUUGGGCUGGGGUAUGGGGCUGGGGUAUAGGGCUGGGACUGGGGUAUAGGGCUGGGACUGAGGUAUGGGACUGGGAUUGGGGUAUGGGAUUGGGGUAUAGGAAUGGGGCUGGGACUGAGGUAUAGGGCUGGGACUGAGUUAUAGGGCUGGGACUGAGUUAUAGGGCUGGGACUGGGGUAUAGGGCUGGGAUUGGGGUAUAGGGUUGGGUAUGGGGCUGAGGUAUAGGGCUGGGACUGAGACUGGGGUAUAGGGCUGGGACUGGGACUGGGGUAUAGGGCUGGGGCUGAGACUGGGGUAUAGGACUGGGGUAUAGGGCUGGGCUAUAGGGCUGGGGCUGAGACUGGGCUAUAGGGCUGGGACUGAGACUGGGGUAUAGGGUUGGGGCUGAGACUGGGUAUAGGGUAUGGCCUGGUAAUGGAGUAUAGAGCUGGUAAUGGGGUUUUCAGCCAUUACAAAAAGUGGAAAUCAAACCGGAAACCAGUGGAACAGACUUCCUGUUGUGUUCGUCGUUGCAGAGAUUGCGUUCCCCUGAAAUUCAUACUAGCUAUACUAGCAUAGGCUUCAUGGUUAGCUUGAUUAUCAUGAGUUAGCUAAUGUUGGGGCUAGGCAGAACUGGGCGGAGUCAUAUAAGACUGAGCUACACUGAACUGGGGCUUAGCUGGGAUGAACCCACGUCUGUACCAUCUCAGUCUGCCAACUUACUUACUUACUUACUUACUUACUUUAUUGUCCCCAUGGGGAAAUUUUGUUGCAGUGUCAUGUACACAUUUAAAGUGGCGUUAAAUACAAAACAAGAUUGACAAUACAACUUUCAAUAACAGUCACCCACCAAUAAAAGUAAGAAAUAAGAAAUAAAACAUUUAAAACAUUUAAAACAAAGACUAGCCUGCUGGCCUUACGGGGUCAAUGGGAACAUUUGCCCGAGCUAUUUAAGAGGGAUAUCACACUUGGCACAAAUGAUUGUCUCGUUCUAUUUUUCCUGCUGAGGGGUGCCCUAUACCUACGCCCAGAGGGGAGUAAUUCAAAGUCCAGGUACAGGGGGUGACUUGGGUCUAAAAUGAUUUUGUGAGCCUUACGGAGGGCCCUGACCUUAAAGAUCUCAUCCAGGCCUGUCUGUUUGACUCCAAGUACCUUACUUGCUGUGGUAAUAAUCCUUCUCAGCAUGUUUCUCUGACUGACAGUGGCAUUGCCAAACCAACAAACAAUACAAAAAGUUAAAAUACUCUCAAUAAAGGAUUUGUAAAACAGAGUCAAUAUAGUACAGUCUAUAUUAAAAGAACCCAACUUUUUUAGAAAGUACAGUCUCUGUUGGCUCUUUUUGUAGAUCUGGUCUGUACAUUUACUCCACUGAAGCUUACUGUCCAAAAAGACACCCAGAUAUUUAUAUUCCUCUACAAUUUCUAUAUUCUGGCCUCUGAUAGAUGUUGCAGAGGUAGGUGUUGUACGCUUCCUGAAGUCUAUGCACAUCUCUUUGGUCUUGUUAGUAUUGAGGACCAAGUGUGAUUCCUCACACCACUCUACAAAGUCAUCUAGGACCGGGCCAUGAUGUUCCUCGUCAUCAUGCAACAGGCUGAUCAAGGCAGUGUCAUCAGCGAACUUAACGAGGUGUCUGUCAGUAUGGGAACUAGUACAACUAUUAGUGUACAAGAUGUACAGAAGUGGGGACAAAACACAUCCCUGAGGAGAGCCUGUGUUGGUAUUGCGUAUAUCCGACACAUGGGGACCUAUUUUGACUCGCUGUGAGCGUUGGCUCAGGAAGUCCAACAGCCACAAAACCAGCCCCCCAUCUAAGGAAAAGUCCCGAAUGAGUCUCUGUGCCAGAAUGUAAGGCUGGAUUGUGUUGAAGGCAGAAGAAAAGUCAACAAACAGAACCCUGACAUGAGAUUUGGCACCUUCUAGAUGUCUAUAGACCAUGUUAAGGAGGGUAAGAAUGGCAUCAUCAACUCCUCUGCUGGUCUGAUAGGCAAACUGAAAUGGGUCGAGGAGCUUCUGGGUGACACUGAGAAUAUGACUUUUCACAAUUUUCUCAAGGCAUUUCAUAACUAAGGAUGUCAAAGCGACAGGGCGAUAGUCAUUCAGCACAGAGGGAUUUGAUACUUUAGGAAUUGGUAUAAUUAUUGAUUUUUUCCACAAUACUGGAACGUGUUGCUGGUUGAGUGAAGAUUGGAAAAUGUCUGUAAAAACACCAGCCAGUUGUUCAGCACAGUGCUUUAACACAUGCCCACUUAUUUUGUCUGGGCCUGGGCUUUUGUAUGUGUUACAUCCCCUGAACAACUUUAGAACAUCAGACUGUUGAACAACAACUCUCUCAAACAUUUGUAAUGAUGCUUUCAUUUGUUUUACCUCCGACACGAAGUUGUCUGAUUCAAAUCUUGAGAAGAAAACAUUCAGUUCAUUAGCCAUGUUCUGGCCCUCAUAUCCCCCAAGGUCAGCACUGGUUUUUCCCCUGCCUAUAUGGGGGGCACUAGCCAUGGAUUUAAUCCCUUGCCAGGCCACCCUUGCGUUUCCUGAGGAGAGGGUCCUCUCCACCCUUUGCUUGUAUGCCUCCUUGUCCACCAGUAUCUGUCUUUUUUAUCUCACGUUGUACAUCUCUUAAAGCCUGUCUAUCACCCCCAGCAUAAACUGCCUUCUUCCUAUCAAGUAGUGAUUUUAGAUGUUUUGAUACCCAAGGCUUGUUGUUAGGGAAGAUUUUACAGGUCUUAGUAGGCACAACUGACUCAACACAGAAGUUUACAUAGUCUGAAAUAACCUCUGUGAGUUCAUCCAGAUCAGAGCUGCUGUCCUCAAAUACCUCCCACAUUGUACAGUCAAAACACCCCUGGAGACAAGUGAUACUGUUGUCAUUCCAGAUCUGGACAGUUUUAACUGUGGGUUUCUCCCUCUCCAGGAGGCGAGAACUGCCAAGCCCUCACCAGAGCAUACAGGCAGGCAGCUGCAUACCAGCCCCACCGGCCUGAAAUUGAAGGCUUUAUAGCUCUUAACUGGUUUAAAUGAGAGGGGCGGUAAACAGUCCGUUGAGUCAUAGAGUUUGAGCGGAGAACGUCUGCCCUCAGUCUGACCCUGAGUGAGCUACUGUGUCCUGGGGAGCUAGGCAGCAGAAUUAUUGGUUGUGCCCCAAAUGGUACCCUAUUCCGUACAUAGUGCACUACUUUUGACCUAGUGCAUUAUUGUUUUUAACCGUGCCCAUAGUGAAUAGGGUGCCAUUUGGGACACUAGCUGAGCUACAGGGUGGAACCAGGUGUGCUGUAUCUAGGGCUAGGCGAUAUGGCCUAAAAGUCAUAUCUAAAAGAACAUCUGACUUCACAAUAUAUCUAAAGUGUUUUCAUGUUUUCUCUAAAUAAGCUUUGUUGUACAAUUUAAAGGUCAAAUACACUGCACUUCAAACAGACAGCAAUAAUCUAAUGAAUUCAGGGCGUGUGAAAUUAUACCUAGGCUAAAUUUACAGUGCAUUCAGAAGUAUUCAGACCCCUUGACCUUUUCCACAUUUUGUUAUGUUACGGCCUUAUUCUAAAAUUGAUGAAAUUGUUAGUUUUCUCUCAUCAAUCUACACACAAAACCCCAUAAUGACAAAGCAAAAACAGGUUUGUAUUUUUUUUAGUACUCAGUACUUUGUUGAAGCACCUUUUGGCAGCGAUUACAGCCUCAAGUCUUCUUGGGUAUGACGCUAGAAGGUUUCCUCCAGACGUGACACUUGGCAUUCAGGCCAAAGAGUUAAAUCUUGGUUUCAUCAGACCAGAAAAUCUUGUUUCUCAUGGUCUGAGAGUCCUUUUAUAGGUGCCUUUUGGCAAACUCCAAGUGGGCUGUCAUGUGCCUAGGAGUCACAUCCAUCUGGCCACUCUACCAUAAAGGCCUGAUUGGUGGAGUGCUGCAGAGAUGGUUGUCCUUCUGGAAGGUUCUCCCAUCUCCACAGAGGAACUCUGGAGCUCUGUCAGAGUGACCAUCAGGUUCUUGGUCACCUCCCUGACCAAGGCCCUUCUCCACUGAUUGCUCAGCCAGUCUUGGUGGUUCCAAACUUCUUCCAUUUAAGAAUGAUCGAGGUCACUGUGUUCUUGGGGACCUUCAAUGCUGCAGAUUUUUUUUGGAUAAGAGCGUCUGCUAAAUGACUAAAAUGUAAUAAUAUAAUUAUAUAAUGGCUUUCAUGUCGGUCUAUGAAAAUGCCCUUUUUGUUACAAAUUUAAUCAGAACCAUGCAUAAUACAUUCACUACUAAUGAAUAACUUCUUGUAGCAGGCAUUUAGAAAAUUAACACAGGUCUCAUGAACGAUCUCUCUAGCACAAGCCCACGUGCUAGUGAGUAGACAGCUAAUCUUUAUAUUUCAAGUUUAGCCAACUUGGAUCUACAGUGGGGAAAAAAAUAUUUAGUCAGCCACCAAUUGUGCAAGUUCUCCCACUUAAAAAGAUGAGGCCUGUAAUUUUCAUCAUAGGUACACGUCAACUAUGACAGACAAAAUUAGGAAAAAAAAUCCAGAAAAUCACAUUGUAGGAUUUUUAAUGAAUUUAUUUGCAAAUUAUGGUGGAAAAUAAGUAUUUGGUCAAUAACAAAAGUUUCUCAAUACUUUGUUAUAUACCCUUUGUUGGCAAUGGCACAGGUCAAACGGUUUUCACACACUGUUGCUGGUAUUUUGGCCCAUUCCUCCAUGCAGAUCUCCUCUAGAGCAGUGAUGUUUUGGGGCCGUCGCUGGGCAACACGGACUUUAAACUCCCUCCAAAGAUUUUCUAUGGGGUUGAGAUCUCGAGACUGGCUAGGCCACUCCAGGACCUUGAAAUGCUUCUUACAAAGCCACUCCUUCGUUGCCCGGGCGGUGUGUUUGGGAUCAUUGUCAUGCUGAAAGACCCAGCCACGUUUCAUCUUCAAUGCCCUUGCUGAUGGAAGGAGGUUUUCACUCAAAAUCUCACGAUACAUGGCCCCAUUCAUUCUUUCCUUUACACGGAUCAGUCGUCCUGGUCCCUUUGCAGAAAAACAGCCCCAAAGCAUGAUGUUUCUACCCCCAUGCUUCACAGUAGGUAUGGUGUUCUUUGGAUGCAACUCAGCAUUCUUUGUCCUCCAAACACGACGAGUUGAGUUUUUACCAAAAAGUUCUAUUUUGGUUUCAUCUGACCAUAUGACAUUCUCCCAAUCCUCUUCUGGAUCAUCCAAAUGCACUCUAGCAAACUUCAGACGGGCCUGGACAUGUACUGGCUUAAGCAGGGGGACACGUCUGGCACUGCAGGAUUUGAGUCCCUGGCGGCGUAGUGUGUUACUGAUGGUAGGCUUUGUUACUUUGGUCCCAGCUCUCUGCAGGUCAUUCACUAGGUCCCCCCGUGUGGUUCUGGGAUUUUUGCUCACCGUUCUUGUGAUCAUUUUGACCCCACGGGAUGAGAUCUUGCGUGGAGCCCCAGAUCGAGGGAAAUUAUCAGUGGUCUUGUAUGUCUUCCAUUUCCUAAUAAUUGCUCCCACAGUUGAUUUCUUCAAACCAAGCUGCUUACCUAUUGCAGAUUCAGUCUUCCCAGCCUGGUGCAGGUCUACAAUUUUGUUUCUGGUGUCCUUUGAUAGCUCUUUGGUCUUGGCCAUAGUGGAGUUUGGAGUGUGACUGUUUGAGGUUGUGGACAGGUGUCUUUUAUACUGAUAACAAGUUCAAACAGGUGCCAUUAAUACAGGUAACGAGUGGAGGACAGAGGAGCCUCUUAAAGAAGAAGUUACAGGUCUGUGAGAGCCAGAAAUCUAGCUUGUUUGUAGGUGACCAAAUACUUAUUUUCCACCAUAAUUUGCAAAUAAAUUCAUUAAAAAUCCUACAAUGUGAUUUUCUGGAUAUUUUUUUCUCAUUUUGUCUGUCAUAUUUGACGUGUACCUAUGAUGAAAAUUACAGGCCUCUCUCAUCUUAAGUGGGAGAACUUGCACAAUUGGUGGCUGACUAAAUCCUUUUUUCCCCACUGUAUUUGCUAGCUAACAAGGCAGAACAGUUGAAUUGUUAUGAGAUCACCCUGUCCAUCUCCAACUGUUUGAACAGCAUGCUAACCUGUCCACUUUGUUCAGAUGUUGAAAUCAAGUGGCCUACCUUAUUUCUCAGAAUGAAAACGACUUGCCAAUUCCUUAUACAAAUGUUCUUUAUGCUUAUUGCACAUUUAUAAAAGACUAGACAGCUAGUGUAACAGUCUUUGGCUAAAAUGCUGCUGGCGGUACAUGGUACUGCAAUGCCGUGCUCGACAAACUGAGUAUUUUCAAGAAUCAUUGUUCAUUGAUACUCCCGCUUUAGUAGUGUCUGGCUCAGCGUGCAAUUUGAAGAGUUGAGACAUAAAAAGGGUAUUGUUAGAAAGGUUUAACUUCUCCUCUAUUACAGUAAAAUAAUGUCUCUGUGUUUCGGUGUCCAUAUGACCGAUUCUGUUGGAACAAAUCUCAAAUGCAAAUAGUGAGUUGAAACCGCUUGUCAGAGAGUAAGAAGUGAUCUCUCAUCUUUGUUGAUGUGAGUGGCAGGGGUAGGGGCUUGGUGUGUAAACAGAGGAAGAGGCGACGGGCGAGGUUUCACUCUCGUCUAAAAUAAGACAAUGCGUUUCUAUGGACUUAUUUUGGACCUCAGCUUGUCGUCUUCCUUCCCGCCUUUGGGACAACGACUCCCGUUGUUAGGGCGGAGACAUGAGCAUCUCAUCAUUAUAUAGAUAUCUGGUGUAAAUGGUUAGGUGCACACAGCACAGAAGGAACGAAGGAGACUAGACCAAAAAGACAACAUUAGAACAAGCGGACAUAAACGCUCAUAAAAACAAAACGGGCAUUUGGAAUGUCACGCAAAAAUAUAGAUUUGAAUUAAUACAGUGAAUUAGAUAUAUCACGCAGCCCUAUUGUAGCUCAACUGUCUUGUUCAAAGAGCACUUGCACCAUAUUGCUAGGCAUAUCUAUAUACAUUGAGUAUACCAAACAUUAGGAACACCUUUGUAAGAUUGUUGCUCGGUGUAGGUUUAUGUUCCCUGUAUCUUUGAUCUCUGACAUUUUGUGGUGUGUGUAUUUGUGCCCCUGUGUGUGUGCCUGUGUGUGUGUGUGUUUUGCAUAUUCAGUGCGGCGCCUGGAGAAGAACGUGAAGGAGGUACUAGAGGACUUUGGUGAGGACAACGAGAGGAAGGUCCACCUCAUCACCGGACGCAGAGUACAGCUGGCAGAGGACCUCAGUGAGUCACCACACACACACACACACUUGUUACACACACACCAGCUACAUACACACACUUUGGUUUAA